UCAGCUUGGAUAUUGAAAACUAAAGGAUCCUGGGGACAGACGUACAUACGUAUUUAACAAAUAGUCUAAUAUCUGUUAUCGAUAUUUAUAAGAUUGUUUUAAAAAAUCAUAUACAUAGAGUGAGAUAAGCGAGAAAUGAUACUUCUUUUGCAAAUUAAACACACAUAAAAGUGAAAAGUAAAGAAACAAUUUUAAUACAUUCUCGGCGUUGUGUCCAUUGUGACACAUAACAAAUUAUCACCAUGAGCAAGAUGUAUUCCACUGCAAAUUUAUCAGACAAGGAAUUAAAGGAGCAAGGCAAUCGUCUUUUCAGUCUUCAUAAAUAUGAAGAUGCUGCAAACUGUUAUACAAAAGCAAUUAUAAAGAAUCCAACUCAAGCAUUAUACUUCACAAAUCGAGCUUUGUGCCAUCUAAAAUUGAAGCGUUGGGAAUCAUCGUGUCAGGAUUGUAGAAGAGCUUUGGAUAUAGAUCCUUGUUCUGUAAAAGGACACUUUUUCUUGGGUUUAGCUCUACUUGAAUCGGAACUUUAUGAUGAAGCUGUCAAACAUUUACAAAGAGCGGUGGACUUGGCCAAGGAACAGAAAUUAAAUUAUGGGGACGACAUUACCAGUGUCUUGAGGCAAGCACGCAAACGCCGUUUUCAGUUGAGGGAAGAACAGAGGAUUGCACAAGACAUUGAACUUCAGACAUAUUUAAAUCAAUUAUUAGCUGAGGAUGCAGAACGCAAAUUAACUGCUUUAAAUGAUCAAGAAGUCAUAAAAGAUGGAGACAAUAAAUCUGGAACAGAUGCAUCGGGUAGUGAUUUGGCUAGGAGAAAAGAAGAAAUAGAAGAAAAACGAGAUAUUUGUACAGCUCAUCUUAAUGAUUUAUUUGCUAAAGUAGAUGACAGAAGAAGGAAAAGAGAAGUACCAGAUUACUUAUGUGGGAAAAUUAGUUUUGAAAUACUUCAAGAACCUGUCAUAACACCUAGUGGAAUUACUUAUGAACGAAAAGAUAUUGAAGAACACUUACAAAGGGUGGGACAUUUUGAUCCAGUUACACGUGUUCGAUUAACACAAGACCAAUUGAUUCCAAAUUUAGCUAUGAAAGAAGUGGUGGAUACUUUUCUUCAAGAAAAUGAAUGGGCAUUGUAUUAUUAAUGUGUUAAUACAAUAUAUUGCUAUACUUCUUACAUUUGGUUCGUAUAAAACACUAAAAUAUAUUGUCAGUAUAUGAUUUAUUAUUACUUUUGGGAAUAAGCAUUAUUCUUUGUAUGUGCAUAUUGCGUCAUUUCUAUCAGAUGGAAAAAUAGACAUCCAAUACUUUAAAAUAAUUUGAUUUUAAGUUAAACUGACUUUUUACUACAUUAUUUGUAAAUUGUAUACAUAUACUUUGAUGGAAAGUCAAUGAAAAAUACUUAUAAAACUUCUUUGACAGUUUAUAUAUAAAUAGGAUUAUUUAUUGUGUAUAGGUAUGCUCAAUUUAAAAAUAUCUGUAUAUUAGAAUCAACAUGUUACUACUUUAUGCACUCAUAGAUUACAUAAGUUUGAUUAUCGAAUAUGUAUAUCUAAUUUUUUUCACGAAUAACAAGUAAAAUCAUUUAUUUUAUGAUGCAGUUCAAAUUUCUUUAUUUCCUUCAUAAAUAUUUCAUCUACUCAUUUAAUGUUAUGAGUUUAAUCUCUUAGUAAUGAUACAAUGAAGAGAGAGAAUAGCUAUAAUUAAUGCCACAAAAGGUGGUAUAAACCAUUGAUAAAAGGAUGGACGAACAGUCGCUGCUGUGGAAAGCAUAAUCCAACUUAAAAAACGUAAUAUAUUGCUUAAUAUCCAUGAUUCUGAAGAUUUGGAAGACAUUUGUACAAGUUCAAGAGUGCUGCAUACAGCUAGAAUUUCCCAACUAACAAGCAGUAUAGAGUCUUCUGUUAAUAAUCGUGUACUAUAACUAUAAAAAUAUUUCAUUUUUAAUUUUAAUAUUAUAACAAUCAAGUGAUUAAAAUAUUAAUAGAAAGUUAA